CUCUGCCCUCAGCCAAUGGAAACGUUCGGCAUUGGAACCCUUCAUUUGCAUAGGGAGACUAUAAAUAGAGGGCUGGGAUGAGUUAGCCUGCUUCACACUUCGCUUUUUUCUUCUUUUUGCUGGUACAGAAAGUAGGGGGGCUUCUUGCACAAUGCCCGAGCCAGCCAAGUCUGCUCCGGCCCCCAAGAAGGGCUCCAAGAAGGCGGUGACCAAGACGCAGAAGAAGGGCGACAAGAAGCGCCGCAAGAGCCGCAAGGAGAGCUACUCCAUCUACGUCUACAAGGUGCUGAAGCAGGUCCACCCCGACACCGGCAUCUCCUCCAAGGCCAUGAGCAUCAUGAACUCCUUUGUGAACGACAUCUUCGAGCGCAUCGCCGGAGAGGCUUCUCGCCUGGCUCAUUACAACAAGCGCUCCACCAUCACCUCCCGGGAGAUCCAGACGGCCGUGCGCCUCUUGCUGCCGGGGGAGCUGGCCAAGCACGCCGUCUCGGAGGGCACCAAGGCUGUCACCAAGUACACCAGCUCCAAGUAAGCAGAUCGUGCUGCUUAGCAAAGAACUCAAUAACCCAAAGGCUCUUUUAAGAGCCACC